AUGAAGCCCGAUACUAAUGGAGAGCUGAAGCCCGAUACUAAAGCAGAGCUGAAGCCUGAUACUAAUGGAGAGCUGAAGCCUGAUACUAAUGGAGAGCUGAAGCCCAAUACUAAGGCAGAGCUGAAGCUCAAUACUAAGGCAGAGCUGAAGCUUAAUACUAAGGCAGAGAUGAAGCCCGAUACUAAUGGAGAGCUGAAGCCCGAUACUAAUGGAGAGCUGAAGCCCAAUACUAAGGCAGAGCUGAAACCCAAUACUAAUGGAGAGCAGAAGCCUGAUACUAAUGGAGAGCUGAAGCCUGAUACUAAUGGAGAGCUGAAGCCCAAUACUAAGGCAGAGCUGAAGCCAGAUACUAUUGGAGAGCUGAAGCCCAAUACUAAGGCAGAGCUGAAGCCCGAUACUAAUGGAGAGCUGAAGCCCAAUAUUAAGGCAGAGCUGAAGCCCGAUACUAAUGGAGAGCUGAAGCGCAAUACUAAGGCAGAGCUGAAGCCCGAUACUAAUGGAACGCUGAAGCCCGAUACUAAAGCAGAGCUGAAACCCAAUACUAAUGGAGAGCUGAAGCGCAAUACUAAGGCAGAGCUGAAGCCCGAUACUAAUGGAGAGCUGAAGCCCAAUACUAAGGCAGAGCUGAAGCCCGAUACUAAUGGAGAGCUGAAGCCCAAUACUAAGGCAGAGCUGAAGCCCGAUACUAAUGGAACGCUGAAGCCCGAUACUAAAGCAGAGCUGAAACCCAAUACUAAUGGAGAGCUGAAGCCUGGUAGUAAUGGAGAGCUGAAUCCCGAUACUAAUGGAGAGCUAAAGCCCAAUACUAAGGCAGAGCUGAAAACCGAUAAUAAGGCAGAGCUGAGAUCUUCUUCCACUGCUUUCUUUUCAUCGAUCUCAUUCUGUCGAACACACGACACAAGCAAACUGGUAUUCAAAACAAGCUUAAUAACAAUCGUGAUCCUAUCUAUCUAUCUAUCUAUCUAUCUCCAUCUGUUCAUAUCUAUCUCCAUCUAUUCGCAUCUAUCUAUCUAUCUAUCUCAAUAUGUUCAUAUCUAUCUAUCUAUCUAUCUAUCUAUCUAUCUAUCUAUCUAUCUCAAUCUAUUCAUAUCUAUCAAUCUAUGUUCAUAUCUAUCUAUCUAUUCAUAUCUAUCUAUCUAUGUUCAUAUCUGUCUAUCUAUCUCAAUCUGUUCAUAUCUAUCUAUCUAUCUAUCUAUCUAUCUAUCUCAAUCUGUUCAUAUCUAUCAAUCUAUCUAUCUAUCUAUCUAUCUAUCUAUCUAUCUAUCUAUCUAUCUAUCUCAAUCUGUUCAUAUUUGUCAAUCUAUGUUCAUAUCUAUCUCAAUCUGUUCAUAUCUAUCUAUCUAA